CAUGUCGCCAAGAUAUGGUGAAGAUCUCCAUGGAUGUGUUUGUUCGCAAAUACCAGCCUGAGCGUUAUAAGCUAUGGAAAGCUGGCAAGGACACCACUCCUAUUGACCACUCUAGACCCACACCAGAGUCUGCACUAUUACACAAGGACAUCAAGAAGAAAAGAAUUCCCAAUGAACCAGCAGCAUCCUCCCCCUUGGCCAUAGCUGACAAUGGAAAUGCAAAAACGCACGUUGCUAUAAAGCAGGAAGUGGUUAAAAAUAUCUCUCAUGCCAUGGACAUGGAGGACACCAGGAAGACACACAAGACAAAGUUGUCUCGAAAAGCAUCUCCCAAAAAAGAGAAAGGCACAGUUCAAGAGAGAAGUGAAACAAAGAUGGAAAAAGACCCUAAACCACCACCAAAGUUUCCAGCUAAAGUCGGUCCAAAGAAAUCCUCAAAUAGACGCAAUCCACUGAAAAAAGAGAAGAGUCGCGCUGAGGGUCCUGACCGGACUGUCCGAGAGCCCUGUGAUAGCGAUCUAAUGUCUGCCUGCUCUGAGCGGUUAGAGAGUUUGUAUGAGCAGCCAGCGGUGACCAGUUCACAUGCCAAAGUGUUUCAGAGGACACUGAGUCCUACGGAUGUGCUGCAUGUCCACAGCUAUGCCAAAGGAGACUACAGUGAGGAGGAGGAACCCACCUUUGAGGAACGAAAGACUGAUGCCACCGACUCCAGAGCUGUGGAAGAGGACAGGGGACAACCAGGAAAUGCCGUUGAAGAGAUGGCUGUUGAUGACUGUAAACCAGAGAGUGAUCUCGACAGGUUGCCAGGACAUCACCCACUUAUUAAGGAAGGCAUAAGCGAUGGAGAGGUCCCAGAGGAAAUUAUCCCAGUGAAUGAGGGUGGUCUGGAGGGUGAAAGUUGGGCUAAACCUUUGGCCCACCUGUGGCAGAGCCGAUCACCCAACCCAAAGAAAGAGAGGGAGUACAAUCUGCGCAUGGGAAUGAAACCUCCAUACUGCUGCAUCUGCACUCUUUUCCACACUUACCAGCAGAUGGAGGUUACCAGUAGUGCAAACAAUCCCAUCAUUCUUCCCGGGAAUAAGAUGAGGACCAAGCCCCUGAUCCCAGAGUCCUGCUUUAGCAUCAACACAGAGGAAGAUUCAGAGGAUGAGCGGAGGCUGAGCACAGCUUAUGUGGAGGACGAUGGGACCAGCUUGCUGAUCAGCUGUUCUGAGUGCUGCGUGCGCAUCCACGCCAGCUGUUACGGGGUUGAUCCUGCAAGUGUGGAUAGUGACUGGAAGUGUGCACGCUGUAAAGCUAAUGCCUUGACAGAGAGUUGCUGCCUUUGCUCAUUGAGGGGAGGAGCCUUGCAGAAAGCCAACAACAACAAGUGGGUACAUGUCUUGUGUGCUGUCGCUGUCCUAGAAGCUCGCUUUGUCAACAUCACAGAACGAAGUCCUGUGGAUCUGAGUGGAAUCCCCCUGCAGAGGUUUAAACUGAAGUGUUACUACUGUAAGAAGCGCAUGAAGAAGACUUUGGGCUGCUGCGUGCAGUGCUCUCACGGCCGCUGUCCCACGGCGUACCAUCCUACCUGUGCUCAGGCUGCGGGUGUCCUCAUGCAGCCUGACCACUGGCCCUUUGUUGUUCAUGUCACCUGCUGUCGACACAAGGGUCCCACACAGAUUGAGCGUAACAAAGCAGCCAUGCAUGAGCUUACAGUGGGACAGAGGGUGAUCUGCAAGCACAAAAAUGGACGCUACUACCAGUGUGACGUGGUGCAGUUGUCCACGGAAACCUUUUAUGAAGUCAACUUUGAUGAUGGCUCCUUCAGCGACAAUCUGUUCCCAGAAGAUAUUGUGGGGAGAGACUGCGUGCAACUCGGACCACCUCCUCAAGGAGAGGAGGUGCAAGUGCGCUGGACUGAUGGCCUGGUGUAUGGGGCCAAGUUUGUAGCAGCUCAUGUCAUCCAAAUGUACCUGGUGGAGUUUGAAGAUGGCUCACAGCUCACAGCCAAAAGAGAUGAUGUGUACACUUUGGAUGAGGAGCUGCCAAAAAGAGUCAAAUCCAGACUGUCUAAGGCCUCGGACAUGCGUUUCGAUGGAAUCUUUGAAGAGAAGGAGAUCAUCCAGGAGUCCAAGAGGCAGAGAGUGAUAAACUCGCGUUACAGAGGGGACUACAUCGAGCCGGUCAUAUACAGAGCCAUAAUGGAGUAGCACAAGCAGAAGUAGCUCUUACAGAGCUAUUACAGUUCUAUUUAUAUAUUUUUUACUAUCAAUAAUGAAGGUUUUGUUUGUUUGGUUGGUUGUUGUUGUUUUUUUUUGAAGGAUCACUAACAAUUUGUUUAAUGGUACUUUUCUUAAAUUCUGUUUGUCAUGACCAGUUGCAGACAGUAACCACAAAUCUGUUCAGAGUGGGUCUCUCUGUGGUUGUAUUUAAAUGUUGAACCAUUUUACAAGAGAAAAAGGCAGAACAGUAACAGACACUGCCCUGAGGACUCUGUCCUUAACUGCCUUCUUAUUUUCACUUAAAGUCCUUGUAUUGUUUUAUUUAACAACCUGCAGCUUUUCUAUUUACUGACAAAUUCAUGAUUAAAAAUUAUUGAUGCUACUUA